AUGACAUAUGUUCAGCUUUAUAUCCCAUUAGAAAUCUCCAGAGAAACUGUCUGUCUCUUAGGAAACUUGGGUAAUAUAAUGUUCAGAGAUUUAAACAAAGAUUUAACCGACUUUCAAAGAAGUUACGUUUCACAAUUAAGGAAAUUUGAUGACGUGGAAAGAUUACUCAAUUAUUUGAAAGAAACAGCUGACAAACAUUCAGACGCUACAUGGAAAUAUAUAUUACAUGUAGAUGAACAAGGUAAUGAUAUCAUAAGUCCCAGUUUGACAACUGUGGUACAAUCAUUGGGAUCAUAUUCACAGGAUUCAAUUAAUAACCUUAUAGGUGACGUCACAGGUUCAGAAACAAGAGUAAGACAACUAGAUGAUUCAUUGAAUGGGUUGAAGGAAAAAUUAAAUGGGCUUAUCGAAAAUAGAUGCGUCAUUAUUCAAUGCUCUAAAUAUUUGGAGCGUAAUCCAAAUACGAUAGGAAGAUCUACCUCUGAUAGCAAUUCAACUGCAAAUGCUAAUGAGAAUGACUUUAUAUUUAGUGAUGAAGAAGUUGAUGCUGUUAGUAAUACGUUGAGCGAUACCUUUUCCUUUGAUGAUGAUGAUAAUAAUAAUAAUGAUACCAAUAAUGACAACAAUUCGGGACAAGCACCAAUGAAUGCUCGAUUAACUACUGAUGAAACUACGUCGUUCGAGGAGUUUGGAUUCCUAGAAACAGGUUAUCAUCAUAGAUAUAUGAUUGCAGGUUCAAUUAAUAGAACUAAAGUAGAAUUAUUGAAUAGAAUCCUUUGGAGAUUACUUCGUGGUAAUUUGUUUUUCCAAAACUUCCCUAUUGAUAUCCCAUUAUUAGAAGGCAAAGAAAAAGUAGAGAAAGAUAGUUUUAUAGUGUUUACACAUGGUGACUUAUUACUAAGCAAAGUUAAACGUGUAAUUGAGUCACUCGAUGGGAAAGUUGUUACCUUAGAACGUCGUCCACAUGAUGCUGUUGAAAAAUUGAACUCUGAAAUAUCGGAUAUUCAACAAGUAGUUCACACUACCGAACAAACGCUCCAUACAGAAUUACUAGUGGUUAAUGAUCAAUUACCAACAUGGAAUGCUGUAGUGAAAAGAGAAAAAUAUAUUCAUGCAACAUUAAAUUUAUUUAAACAAGAAGUACAAGGAUUACUUGCCGAAGGUUGGAUUCCAUCUUCUGAUGUAGAUGAACUAUCUGACUCAUUAAAGGACCAUAGUGAAUCGCUUGGUUCCGAAUACGGUACAGUAGUAAAUAUAAUUCAUACCAAUAAGAAUCCUCCAACAUUCCAUAGAACUAAUAAAUUCACGCAGGCAUUCCAAUCUAUUGUCGACGCGUAUGCUACAGCUACUUACAAAGAAGUGAAUCCAGGGUUAGCUACCAUUGUUACUUUCCCGUUUAUGUUUGCUAUUAUGUUUGGUGAUGCCGGUCACGGUAUGAUUGUCUUGUUAAUUGCCUUGUAUUUUAUAUUAAAUGAAAAAAAAUUUGAGGCUAUGCAAAAAGAUGAAAUUCUGGAUAUGGUUUAUAGUGGUAGAUAUAUGAUUUGUUUGAUGGGUGCAUUUUCCAUAUACACAGGGAUAAUAUACAAUGAUAUAUUCUCUAGACCAAUGACAUUUUUCAAAUCCGGUUGGGAGUGGCCAUCUACUUUCAAAAAAGGAGAUUCAAUCGAAGCUGGGAAAGUUGGUGUAUAUUCGUUUGGUAUCGAUUAUGCUUGGCAUGGAGCUGAAAAUGGUUUACUAUUCAUGAAUUCUUACAAGAUGAAAUUAUCUAUAUUGAUGGGGUUCAUUCAUAUGACUUACUCAUAUGCCUUUGCAUAUAUUAAUUUCAGAUAUAAAAACUCAAGGGUGGACAUAAUUGGUAAUUUUAUUCCAGGUUUAAUCUUUAUGCAAUCCAUCUUUGGUUAUUUAUCUUGGGCAAUUGUAUACAAGUGGUCAAAAGAUUGGAUAAAAGAUGGGAAACCUGCUCCAGGUUUGUUAAAUAUGCUUAUCAACAUGUUUCUAUCACCAGGAACAAUAGAUGAGCCAUUAUAUCGUGGUCAGGCUGUCCUUCAAUCAAUAUUAUUAAUUGCUGCCUUGGUUUGUGUUCCAUGGUUAUUGUUAUAUAAACCAUUAACGUUAAGGAAACAAAAUAAAGGCUACCGACGCCUACAAAGUUCUAACGCUGAUAAUCCUCCCAUGUUAAAUAUUGAAAUACAAGAUCCAACUUUAGACAGCAGUAACAUUAACAACAGCAACAUGACGAUAACUGAUUACGGUGAUGAUACCAUAGCUGAUGAUGAUAAUGAGGAAGAAGAAGCCUUUGACUUUGGCGACGUAAUGAUUCAUCAAGUUAUACAUACAAUCGAAUUUUGUUUGAAUUGUAUUUCUCAUACCGCCUCAUAUUUACGUUUAUGGGCGCUAUCAUUAGCUCAUGCUCAACUAUCUUCAGUCUUAUGGGAUAUGACCAUUGGUAUUUCAUUCUCUUCUAAUAAUUCAGGUUCAACCUUAUCUGUUAUUAAAGUUAUUUUCUUAUUCGGUAUGUGGUUUGUUUUAUCAGUUUGUAUUUUAGUUUUUAUGGAAGGUACAUCUGCCAUGUUACAUGCUUUACGUUUACAUUGGGUUGAAGCGAUGUCAAAGUUUUUCGAAGGUGAAGGUUAUCCUUAUGAACCAUUUUCAUUUGAUAAUCUCAUCGAGUAA